CUCACAACUGCUUCCAUCUCUCAAUCCCUCAAUUUUCCUUCCAUUGGCGCUACGAGAUACGAACACCCGCACGGAGACUGAGAAGUAUCUCAGCUGCGGCUGCUUUACAGCGAACAUAGCACCUAGUGCAGCCAAGCCCAAGGAUGCAGCAGGCGACAGCACGAAAGAGGAGGCAGGAUUGGAUGAAAAGUCCCAGAGGCCAAGCAACCCCAAGAAAGUCCAAGAUGUUACCAUAACCACGACUGCCUUGGUUUCUUGGUGAAUGUUCUCAAGAGUUGGCCGUCGCCUACAUCCGACCCGACCUUCCUGAGGUUUGUCCUCCCUCAGCAGACUGAGCACCUGUCACUUGGCGCCUCUCGAGGAGCUCUCGCUGUCCCUCGACUAGCUCUCAAUCAGCCCCUACCCAUGUUCCGGCAUGACAACUACGUAUGCCAUUCUGCACCGCCCCCCUUGGCUCCAACACUCUACUCUGCUCGAGGCUUGGGCCUCAGGAUUCAGUUGAAAACAUCAAGUUCAGCUUGAGAGAACAGCGAAUCCGCCAUGAAUACCAGACUCGACAGGAGUAGUAGAGUAGCACAAAAGUGAUCUUUUAUCUGCUCUACAGUAUCCAAGGGUUGCUUUUGUCGGAUUGGCCUUUCUCUCAUCGGCACUCUCGGUACGAACCCAGUCUUUCAACCUCGUGUCCUCUUGACAAUGCUAUCUCGAUUGGGGCCAGUUCCUCUUGACCAUGCGUCCUCCCCUGCUCUUACGGCCAGCAUCUAGCCCAAUCCGAUGGCAUCACUCGUGUUGAACGUCAAGAACAGACUCCGAGAGAGCCCCAAAUGAUGGGUGUGCACUUCACAGCUCUCUGGCCCCUUCUUGAGGGUGCCAACUCGAAGCAGCAUCCAGGCCCUCACUCCCAGGUCAAGCUCUCUUAAGUCUCUGACGGGUGCUGAGCUCUCGUCGUUUUGGCCCUCUUCAUUCCUGCUCAACGGCUAGAAGCUGCAGACACACCGACGCCUCUAUUUAUCUCCACAGUUUGCAACUGCAGAGCUCCUUUUUUGACAUUGCCCCUUCUCUCACAAUUCGAAGCCCUCCUACCUGCGUCAACCGGUGAAGAUGGAAUUGACUACCUGCCAAAACCUCGCUGAGCCCCUGCUUCUGCGAUUGGGGUACCACAACGUGAGUUCAGAUGGAUCUGCUGCCCCAUCUUGGGGUAUCGCCGUGGAGAUUGGUACACCGCCGCAGCGGUUCUCACUUCGUCCCUCAAUCUUUGAUGCCACACGAUUGUCAAACUACGAUCAUUGCUCUUCGCAAUAUGAUUAUGGAUGCUUGGCUGCACAGGGUGGUGUCUACAACCCAGAAUUUUCAAGCACCGGAAACGUAUCCCUUUCCACAGAGUGGAACGGUACGCUCGGGGACACCGAUGCCGAGGACUACUCAUUCUACGUUUUCUACAACGAUCUCCUCAGAUUCGGGUACAACGAGACUGAAGUCUGGGGAUUCCCUUUUGUGACUGAUGAUGCACAAGAAUGGGCAUACUAUGGCACCCUUGGCGUUGGCAUGAACUCGACUUUCCUUCAUGCUGCGGUCGAAAGCGGCGCCGCGCCGUCCAUGUCCUGGGGUCUCUGGGUCGGAAGCCGUUCGGUAGAGAAUAAGCAAGACGGAGUCCUGGUCGUCGGGGGCUACGACAACGCCCGAACAACCGACUUCUCCACGUUUGACAGCCUUCCCGAAUGCACGACUUGCAUUCAGAUCCAGAAUCUGACCUGGGUCUCUGAUUAUGGAGUAAUCCCUUUGAUGAACGACACAACGACGGAUUUUCAGGUCGCCGUGAGUCCCAGGUACAGGUACAUUGAGCUCCCCCAAGAUUCGUGGGAACUAUUCGGCGCUGCGACAAAUGGUUUCUACGACGAGUAUCUAGGCGCUUACACCUACGCCGUGUCGGACCUGCCGGUUGGAAGUCUCAGCUUCACCAUCAAGGAUGGCUACACCACGUCGAUCCCUGCGAGCGAACUAUUCCAGUAUCUUUUCGAAUACGACAGUGUCGGAAACGAAGUCAUCGCCAACGACACACUCCAAUACGCCGUGGUGUACAAUUACACCAACGAAAACAGCAACGACGGCAACUACAUUUUCAACUGGGGACUCCCGUUCCUCACCAUGAACUAUCUCAUCCUCGACGUCGAGCAGCAGCAAUUCCGGCUGUCCGAGGCCAUCCGCCAGGACUUUGGCAACGAAGGGGGCGUCAUGCCCAGGAAGCUGUGUACCGGCGGCACUUCACCAAUUCAGGACCCGCCGCCGUCGUCUGACGGAGUCAAUAUCGGUGCCAUCGUGGGGGGAGUGGUCGGAGGAGUUGCUGUCUUAUUGAUCCUAGCUCUGGGAGCCUGCCUCUGCUACCGCUGGAAGAGAACUCGCAGCAAGAAGGUCGCUGCCCAGGCCGCCGCUUCGCAGAACCAGACAUACCAGCCCGUCUCGCCGGGACCACCACAACUCUACCCACCUCCUGGCGCUGCAGGGUACCUGAUUCCACCUGGAGGAAGUUAUCCGCCGCAGGUGCCGACGGGUUACGCAGGGCACCCGGCCGCCGGAUAUGCUCCCAUGACGCAGUACGAGGCGCCGUUGCCCCGCCAGGCAUCGUAUCCGGUGUACAGCCCUCCCAGCUCGCCGCCCGCCCCGACGGCGUCCGUGGUCUAUUCCGACACGGCCAGCACCGCCGUGCAGGAACUCCCUUCCGGCGACCACAACGCAAGGGAAUGGCGAGGCUCGCAGGUCAGCGGCGACACCAACGCGACGACGAAAGGGCUGUCGGAGAUUCUCACCUCGGAGACUCCGUCCAAGCAGCGCUGAGCUAUUAGAUGUGGUUCCAAGGAAGGAGAGUGUUCCCCAGGCCCCAAAGUCGGGUACUUGCGAACAAAUUCGGAGGCUGCCCCAAGGCUGGAAAAUCCAGGGGAUGUCAACCCCCGAGCAACCUCAACCUCAAUUCCUCAAACGUUCUUCCCCCCACCUUGACGCAGGGGACGGGUCUCAAACUAACCCGUCCAUGUAGCUAGGUAUCGU